AUGCCUGAGGAAAUCGAGAAGCCUGUCGUCCAAGAGCAGGAGCACAUUGGCGGUGCUCUUGGUGAGAAGAGUAGCAGUGGCCACAAAGAUUCAGAUGAGCCACCACAUCUCAUGGUCGAGGAUCAAGUAGCGGAGCGUGAUCUACACGUGACCGAGGAUGACUUCCUCGAAGCCAGGGAACUUGCGACAACAUACACUCUCGAGGAAGUGCGAGAUCUCCUCAGCACAUUUUAUCGGCUUCACAAGAGAGAUCCCAACUUCCCCUUGGAUGUCAUUGAGAAAAUCGAAGCUUUUCUCCAUAAUGAUGACAUUCUUGCGCACCCAGAAAAACAUGAGCAGCAAAUCUCCGAAAUGAAGAUUCAAGCAGCUCUCAUCAUCACCAACAGCCCCUACGCCGAAGUCAGAAGCGUUGUCUCCCCCCACGAUGACCCUACCAUGCCAUGCUCGACAAUCCGAGCCUGGGUCUUGGGAAUUCUGUUUUCCGGUAGCAUCGCUUUCAUAAACAGCUUCUUUGGCAUUCGUCAGCCUGCGAUUUACGUCACGUCUAACGUCCCUCAACUGUUGGCGUAUCCCCUGGGGAAGCUGUUGGAAUGGCUUCUGCCUGACGUGGGAAUCACGCUGUUUGGAGUCCGACAUAGCUUAAACCCUGGCCCUUUCAAUAAGAAAGAGCACAUGCUCAUCACGUUGAUGGCGAGUAUUGCAAAGAGUACACCGUACACGAACAACGUCAUCUUGGCCCAAGUUCUCCCGCAGUACUUCAACCAGCCCUGGGCGUUAAAUUUUGGCUACCAGCUUCUGAUUGCUUUAUCGAGCAACUUCAUCGGCUACAGUCUUGCCGGGAUUUGCCGGAGGUUUUUGGUCUACCCAUCGUAUUGCGUAUGGCCGCAGGCUCUUGUUACUAUUGCUUUGAACAGCGCGUUCCACACCGAAGGGAAUAUCCUGGCCUUGGGUCCAUUCGGCAUAACUUGGCGCAUGUCGAGAUUCAGAUUCUUCCUCUAUGCUUUCGUGUUUAUGUUUAUAUACUUUUGGUUUCCCAACUACAUCUUCGGAGCUCUUGGGCUUUUCAGCUGGAUGACUUGGAUCGCUCCGAAUAAUGCUAGGUUGAAUCACAUCACCGGCGCGGUCAACGGCCUUGGCUUCAACCCCCUGUCUACCUUUGACUGGAACAUCUUCACAUUUGCCAUAGACCCCCUCAUGGCGCCAUUCUUUAGUACUUUCAACCUGUUCAUCGGCAUGUUCUUGUCCAUGUUUAUCAUCAUCGCGAUAUAUUACACAAACACGUAUGAGACUGCGUAUCUACCAAUCAACUCCAAUGAGCCAUACGAUCACUAUGGCAAACGCUACAAUGUCACUUCCAUCCUCGACAGCCGUGGAAUCAUCGACAAUGAAAAGUAUCAAACAUACUCACAGCCAUACCUCUCGGCUGGGUAUGUCACAUACUACAUGUUCAGCUUUAGCACUUAUAGCGCCGCUUUGGCAUAUGGGUUUCUCUACCAUCGAUUGGAGAUCAUGAUGGGAUUCAGAGACCUUGUCAACAGCUUCCGCCCUUCUAAAAAGGCCGAAAUUGAAAAGGGACAGGUCCUUGAUGUUCACAACCGCCUGAUGAGAAAGUAUCGGGAAGUUCCAGAGUGGUGGUACAUGAUUGUUCUUGUUCUCUCGGUUGCGCUCGGUUGUGCGGCAAUUGCUCACUGGCCAACAUACACGAGCCCCGGUGUUGUAUUUUAUGGCAUCGGUCUCUGUUUAGUCUUCAUGGUCCCUACUGGGAUUAUUUACGCCAUGACUGGCAUUGAGACGAUGUUGGAUAUCCUGGCCGAGUUGAUCGGUGGAUCGUUUGUGCAAGGCAACGCACUCGCCCUGUGUUUCUUCAAGACAUACGGCUUCGUCACUUGUUCUCACGCUUUAUCGUUUAGCAUCGACCUCAAGAUAGCCCAUUACGUCAAGAUCUCGCCUCGGUUCACCUUCUUUGCGCAGAUGGUGCCGACUCUGGUCUCGACGUUUGUCAGCGUCGGCAUCGUCUCGUACCAAGUCCACCUCAAAGAUAUUUGUACUGAGAACGCUCCGUUCAAAUUCACAUGCCCUAGCCAAACCUCAUUCUUCACUGGUGUCACUCUCUGGGGCACCGUAGGACCCAAAAGGCUCUGGGGCGUGGGCGGCCAAUACGCAGCAACUCUUGUCGGAUUCCCCCUUGGCAUCGCCGUUGUGGUGAUAUUCUGGGUCCUCGGCAAGUAUUUUCCCAAGAACCGCGUGCUUCGCGCAACACAUCCCGUUGCUCUGUUGAAUGGGGGCAUGUACUGGGCGCCGUAUAAUCUUUGCUAUAUCUGGCCCGCUGUGCCUGUCGCGUUUCUGUCCUGGAUUUAUAUCAAGAAGCGAUUCUUGACUCUGUGGUCCAAGUACAAUUUUGUUCUGUCUGCCGCCUUCUCCGCCGGCAUCGCCAUCUCGGCCAUUAUCCAAUUUUUUGCUCUCACAUAUCGGGGCAUCACCUUGGACUGGUGGGGUAACAACGUGGUCAACAUGGGAUGCGAAGGCACUGCCUGUCCUCUCAAGAAGCUCCCCGAGGGAGCGUUCUUUGGGCCUGCACCUGGCCAUUACAACUGA